AUGGUCUCCUCCAACUUUAUCAAGUCCACUCUUGGGGCAGCUGUAUUGCUAGCUUCGUCUACCGUGACCAGCGCAUUCUCUGCCACCAGCAAUGGAAACUAUGUCCUGUACUGGGGUCAAAACUCUUAUGGCGCUGCCGGCGGCGCUUCUUCUGGAUGGCAAAAGAACCUGGCUUCUUACUGUUCCGAUAGCACCACAGACAUUUUUGUCCUUGCCUUCUUGGAUGUCUUCUUUAGCACCGGUAGUGAGCCUGCUUUGGAUUUCGCCAACGCUAGCAACAACUGCACUACCUUCACUGGUACCAGCAUGUUGCACUGCCCCCAGAUUGGUACUGAUAUCCAAACUUGUCAAUCUAAGGGAAAGAAGAUUCUUUUGUCUCUCGGUGGUGCCUCUGGUAGCUACGGCUUCAGCUCAGAUGCUCAAGGUACUGCAUUCGCUGAUCAGCUUUGGAAUCUCUUUGGUGCUGGUUCUAGCACUACUCGUCCAUUUGAUAGUGCUGUCAUCGAUGGUUUUGACUUGGAUAUUGAAGGUGGUGGUUCCACUGGUUAUGCUGCAUUUGUUACCCAGAUGCGCACUCACUAUGCCUCUGAUACCUCAAAGAGCUACUAUAUCUCUGGUGCUCCUCAAUGCCCCUAUCCUGAUGCGUACCUUGGCGCCGUUUUGAACUCUGCCUGGUUCGAUUUCGUUUGGGUGCAAUUCUACAACAACUACUGCAGUGUUCAAGGUGGAUCCUUCAACUACGGUACUUGGGAUACUUGGGCCACUCAAACUUCCGUUAACAAGAAUGUCCGUAUCUUUAUCGGUGUUCCCGGAAGCACCAGCGCUGCCAGCUCUGGUUACGUUCCCCUUGCUGCUCUCGAAUCCACCAUUGCCUCUACUCGCUCCACCUACAAUUCUUUCGGUGGUGUCAUGAUGUGGGAUGCUUCUCAAGCUUAUGGCAAU